AUGAAAAUCGCGUACCACGGUUUCAUCGGACUGCAUCUGAGCCCCAACGUUCUAACUCAAGACCAUCCGCCACCUCGGAGCCGAUUCAUGAAAAUCACGAAAACCAUGUCGAUCCUGGAACAGUCCUUCACUCCCUGGGGCACGCACAGUGAGACCGAUGCCGGGCCACUUGGUCUUACCGUGGUAUAUACCCCCGAAAAUGCUCACAAGGCGGACAUCGUGUUUAUACAUGGACUUGGAGGAACUAGUCGGUGGACGUGGUCAAAAAAUAGAGAUCCGGAUUUGUUCUGGCCACUUACCUUCCUACCUCUUGAGCCUGACGUCUGUCUAGCUAGAAUACUAACUUUUGGUUACAAUGCCAAUUUCCGCAAGUCUGGGAAUAUUGGUACUUCGGUGCUGGACUUUGCUAAAGAUCUACUGUUCGAUUUAAAGUACGCAAAGGAUGACCAUGGGGAAGACUUGAAUAUGGGAAGCGUGCCAUUGAUAUUUGUUGUUCAUAGCAUGGGAGGACUCAUAGUUAAAGAGGCAUACAUGCAAGGCCAGAAUGAUCCCGAGUAUGAAUCCAUUAUCAAGGCCAUUUCCGCAAUCACCUUCCUCGCCACACCGCACCGUGGAACGCAUCUUGCUGAAACAUUGAACCGCAUUUUACAAACAGCCAUGAUCACGAAUUCGAAGCAGUACAUAUCUGACCUUGCGAAGAAUUCUUUCACCUUGCAAAAGCUUAAUGAGCAAUUCCGACACAUCGCGCCUCGCCUGGACAUUGUUUCGUUCUAUGAAACUCAACCCACUUCGAUCACUUCGAAAAGCCCCCGAAUCAUGGUAUUGGAAAAGGACUCCUCUGUACUUGGAUACCCCGGAGAGACCUCUAAAGCGUUAGAUGCAGACCACCACGGGGUAUGCAAGUACGAGAGCCCCAGAGAUCCUAACUACAUCACCGUGAGAAACGUACUCAAAUCGCUCCUCAGCAAAAUCAUAUCAACAAAUAAUUCGAGGAAACCGGGCCCAUCAAAUCGAAGAGAAUCGCAUGAUCUGAGAUCUUUCUUGGCAAUUACAGAGAUACCGGCUAUAGACUACAGCUUUUUCAGAGACCAGUGGGCGCGAGGUACUUGCGAAUGGAUCCUUCAAGAUGUAAGUUUUGUCGAAUGGCUUCAGGCGUCUGAAUCAACGUCAUCCCUCUUAUGGUUGAGCGGCGGGGCCGCAACUGGGAAGUCGGUGCUGUCUUCGUUUAUUAUCAACCACCUGGCAGAGCGAGACGCCUGCUGUCAAUAUUACUUCAUAAGAUUUGGCGACCAGAAGAAACGCACACUAAGUUCGCUGCUGCGCUCACUCGCUUAUCAAAUAGCCUUAACCAUCCCAGGCUUUUUACAGAGGCUUCUUGAGCUUACCGACGAAGCCGUUGAUUACGAAACCGCAGAUCCAAGGACGAUCUGGGAACGUAUCUUUAAAGCCAUACUCUUCAAUAUGGAAGAAAGGAAGCCCCUGUACUGGGUUAUAGAUGGUCUGGACGAGGCGCACGAUCCUCGUGCAAUCAUCAAACUCUUAUCAGACGUCGUUCAUUCUUCAAUUCCGCUUCGCAUCGUACUCAUAGGUCGUAGAAGCUCGGAGAUCGAGUCUGCUUUCCAGAAAGUAUCAAACUCUUUGAAAUCAAGAACAAUUAAUAUUGAAGGUCAUCUAGAAGAUCUACGAUGCUAUGUGCGCCAGGAACUUAGCAUGUCCGGCGGUUCCGAGUUCAAAGAAAAUGUCAUACAAAGAAUUGUAGAGGGGUCUCAGAAUAAUUUCCUUUGGGUGCGACUUGCUGUUAGCAAACUGAAUUUAUGUCAUAGACUUGCAGACGUUGAAAUCGCACUCCAGGAAUUACCGGUCGGUAUGGAAGCACUUUAUGAUCGUAUGGCAUCGGCGAUUGCCCAAAGUCCAUCUCCUACGGAUAGAGCCUUGGCAUCAAGUAUUCUACAAUGCGUUGCUUGUUCAUUUCGUGGGUUGACGGUCACAGAGCUAUCGCAGGCAUUGGAUGAAGAUGUAUCUGAGCUCCUGGACUUUGAAAGGUCAAUUGUAGACCUGUGCGGUGGGUUCGUGGCCGUUGAUAACGGCGGAAACGUUACGAUGAUACAUCAAACUGCACGCGAAUAUUUGCUUGGAAACAGCGGCCAUCCUUUCAGCAUUGAUCGUCAAGAGGCUCACGAGCAUAUGCUUAAAAGCUGUAUGAAGUGUCUCAUGACCAUCGGUCUCCGAGCAAAGGUGAACCGAAACCAGAAGCCCGAGUUUAUUGACUAUGCUUCAACCUAUUGGUCAUCACACUUAUUGUCAACGUCUCUCGAGUCUGAACAGGUCGGCGAGGUUCUUAAGAAGUUCUUGACUAGCCACUGGAUUCUGACAUGGAUACACAUCCUUGCUUCAAGCAAUCAACAACGAAUACUUAUUCAAGCCUCGAGAAAUCUUUCAAAAUAUUGUCUUAGGCAACGGCGACACAAUACAUUACAAAGAGACAAAGGGCACCACAUCGUGGAACAAGAGCUUCUUGAAAGUUGGUCGAUAGACUUUGUGAAAUUAGUAGGGAAGUUUGGUAUUCACCUGCGACAAGAUCCAGAGUCGAUAUACAAGCUUAUCCCGCCUUUCUGUCCUCGGAACUCUUCGAUCUACCAAUUAUUCGGGAAGUUAGAGGCAAAGAACAUUGCCAUAUCAGGCAUCUCUACUAAAAACUGGGAUGAUUCUCUUGCGCGCAUAUCACCAGGCUCUGGCAGCUAUACAUCAUCUAUCGCGGCCUCUGGGCACCUUGUGUGUAUACUUGCUUCUCCAGGAAGCGUAUUCAUGUACGAUUCCUUGACUUUUGAAGAAGCAGCGGCCUCCCCUAUUAAGCAUGGCGAACGUGUUUAUCGAAUGGAACUCAACAGUACUGCUAGCCUUCUAGUCACUUACGGCUAUAGGACGAUUAAAGUAUGGGAGACAUCGAGUGGAAAAUGUAGGAUUUCAGUUAACAACAUCGAUUCACGGCCUCGGCCACUUUCCAUGCGCUUCAUAAAAAACAACACCAGACUUCUUAUUGGCAGUGAAGACAGGCGAGUACGAUCCCUUGAUUUGAGUCAAAGAUCUCCGGACCUAGAGCUUGUGGUAGAGCUAGAAGAACCAGAGCUCGAGGGUCACUUUUUAAACUCAUCGAAUUAUAUGGCUUUAAAUAGGGAUGGGACUCUAAUCGCUGUCGCUUAUCGAGGCCAUCCACUUUCCGCAUGGGAGGUUGAUGGACCUGUUCAUAUAGGGCAUUGUUGGCGAGCUCGAGAAGAGGCUGCGAGGGGUGAAGUCAUUGAUGCUGUCUGGCACCCACAUGCCCCUGAAAUUUUGGGUCUUUAUAUCGAAGGGGUAAUUUUCAAAUGGCGCCCUUAUGAUGGCGCGGUUGUUGAGGUGCCAACAGGGGCAGCCAGAUUGGCAAUUAGCGGGGAUGGUAACCUCCUUGCAACGGGUGACGUACAUGGAACUGUGAAGGUUCAUACUACAUCCGACCUUGGUUUACUCUACCAGUUGGCAUCUCAAGACACUGUUCUCGGCAUAGCGUUCAGUCCCGACCACCGGCGCUUCUACGAUAUUAGAGGGUACUACGGAAAUGCAUGGGAGCCGAAUGCAUUGAUGAAGUUUUCGGAACAGACAGAAAGUGGCGUUGAUAGCGGAAGCGAAACUGAAAGCCUUAACCAUAGCAUCUCAACCUACUCUAGCUCUCCUAAGAGGGUUGACUCUAUUACAGUAUUGGCAGCAGCACCAACCGGACGUUUAUACAGCUACGGCACGGAGACUGGAAUGGUGCAUUUAGUCGACUUGCAUAAGGAUAAGGUUAUUGAUGUUCACACAAAAAAGGGGUUUCUGAGCAUUGAGCAAAUGAGCUGGAGCCAGGAUGGGCGUUAUAUGUGUUUCUCCGACUCUAGUAAAAAGAUUUAUAUAAAGUCAAUUACUCCGGGUACAGGGACUUCGGAACCAGUUAUAGAGACCAAGCCAGAGAUUCCGAUGAAGACCGUAGCGAAAGGUCCGAUAACACAAUUCCUUUUUCAACCAAAUUCAGACAGUCUCUUGGUAUUCACGCCUAAGUCAGCUCACGCAAUCUCGAUCGAAACACUAGAAGUAACCCAAUCGGUGGAAUUGGAUACGCCUGGAUGUAGCUGGAUUGCACAUCCUGAAAACCCGGAGCUAGUCGUCGGGUUUGGGGGCAGGCGAAUACAGAUUAUGACCUGGGAUCUACUUCAAGUUCGGGCUUAUGCCACCAACUUAGAAGAACAUUCCGACCAUGCUAUUGUGAACAGGGUCCUCAUAACUCAGGAUAAAAAGCACUUGCUAGUUCAAACAUCCUCUCAAAGCCAUAACUCAAAGGAGAAGGCGUUACAUUAUUUCAAAACCUCCGACUUAGGGGUACUAUCAGGACCAUCACCAAUUACUCCGAAGACAUUCCCCCAAGAUUUAUCUUCCGAAAUUGCUCUUCCGCUCACGUUCCGGGCGCAAGACCGUCUCAUAUUUCUUUCUAGAAACUUUUUGGUUUGCUCCUGGAAGCUUUCUUCUGAUUUAAAUACACAUAUGCCGACACCUGGCAGCAUUACGACUCCCGCAGAACUGCCAGGAACCCUUAAUCGCCACCAACCUAAUAAUUCUAUUACGAAGCAAUUUAAAGGAAUUUUCGUGCUACCAGGAGAUUGGAUUAAUAGGGACUGCCUGUCCUUGUGUACCAUCUGGGGUGCAGAGAGAUCUUUCCUAUGUCCAAGGAAUGGGGAGGUCGCGGUUGUUAAGUGCCGGGACUUGGUUUAA